CCACCCAUUCUGCAUAGUAGUGUUGUAAACUGAGGCAGAGCAGCUGUUCGUUCAUCGAGAGAUCACAAAAGAGCAAACCGAAUUGAACCGUUUAUUAUACAGAAACAGUUAACGACUUUGCAUACAGUGUCACGGAUUGCACAGCUUCUCUGGGUACUUUGCAGAUGUUUUCAAGCAGCCUGGGAUAAACAAGUGAUUGUUAGCAGCCAGUGAAAAUGGUGCUAACGCACUCUGAAAGUCUGCACAAACUGGUUGGCCAGAAGUUUCUCGCUUUGUUUGGGACUGAUUUACAUCUUGAAGCGGGUCAUGUGUCAGAGUGGCCGUGGAAAAGUGGCAUCAUUAGGGCUGCUUCCCAUAAAGAUAUUACCAGCUCUGACUUGAAGAUUUGUGUUGAGUUUGAUGUCGAGUCUUGGGAGGAGAGAUCAUGGAUAGACUUGUACAACACUAAAGUUCAGGUUUUUCUGUUGGAACAAAGUUUAGUUUUUGUUGAUCGGCAGUCUCCAAGUAAUCCUGAUGUCACAGUUCAGUGGCCCGCUUUGAAUUAUAAAUGCUUUGUGGGCAAAGCUUUGGUGGAAUCAGUGGCUUGCGUACAGUUUCUUGGAGAUAAAAACAAAGUAUUUCUAUCUAAUGAAUUGGUGAAACCUGCACGGGAUCGCGAAUGCUUGAAGGAAUUCUUGACACAGAACCAAAAUUUAAAUAGAGAAUUUCAAGAAUUGCUCAGAAGAAAUCUAGAUGAAAAUCGUAUAUUACAAGGGGCAACAAGUUUAAUUGGAAGAUCAAUAAGAGUUUAUAGCAUGGACCCCUCAGCUCAGUGGUUCACUGCAUCUAUAGUAAACACAAAUACUCAGACGAGAACUCUGGAAGUUAAGUGUGACCAGGUUCCAGCUUUGAAAAACAUUGAUCCUGCAUUGAUAAAUGUAGAACUUGUGCAGAACAGCAGUGACAAGAACGGAAAAUCCAGAAAAUCUCGAGCACCAAAAAGAGUGUUGCAGGACUCGGGAGACAAAACUGAAGCGAAGCAAAGCCGCACAGAACAGGUACCUGGAAAAGAUUCCAAUCAGAAAACAAGUUUCCUUACCUAUUCCAGAGAUGAUGGAAAAACGUUAGUUGUGGUUGAUAGCCCCAAAUCCCCAGGGAGCUCUGCAUUCAGUUUUGUGAAAAAGCCAGCAGAAAACGCCAGCCAACAAAUGGUGGCACCUGGCCUUUUCUCUAAACAGUCUGUUCCAGUUGGGUUUGGAGAAGCAUUACUCGGCUGUGCUGCCAUGACUCCUGCCAGUCAAAGCUUUGCAUCUCUUGCUACUCCUCCACAAGCUAAUUCACCUCCAACGUUUGGUGCAGCUACUCCUCAUGGAAAAAGCGAUCAAAAUUUACCUCGAGAAACAACAUCCAUAUUUAACAGUGAAAUAAAAGAAGAGACAAACUUGUUCCUUAGUGCUGCAAUGUCUUAUGGUGAUAAAAGGAGUUUGGGUUUCGGCCUUGCAGGAAAUCCUUUUUCCUCUGCGUCAGCCAGUUUUCCUUCCUGGUCAAGCCAAACAAAUAGUGAAAAUGGCGUCAAAUCAGAAAAUCUUUUUCAGGCGUUUACAAAACCAUCCACAGUGUUUCCUAAAGGUUUUGAAUUUUCUGUGGAGACUUUUCCAGAGAGAAAAACUCUUGCUGUCACAGACUCUCCAAAACCUGUGACAGACUCUCCAAAACCUGUAACAAGCGAGGUUUGCAACAUGACUUGGCAACAGCCUGCGCAAGAUUCCAAAGUCUGCAGUGCAUCAAUGCCCCCAAAGGAAUCGCCAUUAGUGGCGCCUCCAGCUGUUGUCAAAAAGGAAACCCGUGGAAGGCCACGCUCUGUAAACGCAUCUUCUAGGGGCCCCAGUAAAAAUGAUGCUGUUACGUAUCCUAGGUCUGUCUUGUCAGAUGCACAAAAGCUGAAAAGGUUACAGCAGAGUGGAGAGAUCUUUGUGCAGGACGGCUCCUGUAAUCACAUUGCUCCUCAUCUUCAUAAGUGCAGAGAAUGCCGUCUGGACCGUUUUGGGAGAAGCAAGGAACAGAGAGAUUCUGCCGUCUUCUGCAGGUUCUUCCACUUUAGGAGGUUACAUUUCAACAAACAUGGAUUGCUUAAGGAAGGUGGCUUCUUAACGCCUAACAAGUAUGAUGCAGGAGCAAUAAGCUUAUGGCUACCAGUAAUGAGUAAUGUUGUGGGCCUCGAUCUGGACACCGCAAAAUAUAUCCUGGCUAACAUUGGGGACCACUUCUGCACGCUAGUAAUGUCUGAAAAGGAAGUCAUGGCAUCAGUAGACACUCAAAAACCCAUAGGCUGGAAGAGGGCAGUCAGAGGGGUUCGUGAAAUGUGUGAUGUUUGUGACACAACAAUUUUCAACCUUCACUGGGUAUGUCCCAAGUGUGGCUUUGGCGUCUGUGUUGACUGCUACCGGAUGAAAAAGAAGAGUUUAAGUACUGACUUUCAAGGUGUGGAAGGGCUUGAAACUUUCUCAUGGCUGAAGUGUGUUAAAGGCCAGUUACAUGAACCAGAAAAUCUAAUGCCUACGCAGAUUAUUCCAGGCAAAGCUCUUUAUGAUGUUGGGGAUGUUGUCCACUCCGUUAGAGGCAAGUGGGGAAUUAAAUCAAAUUGUCCAUGUUCAAAUAAGCACUUAAAGCCUUUAUCAAAACCUUGUGUGAAGGAAGAAGUGAAACAGAGCACUCCUUGUGGGGCCGAGUCUGCUAAUGGAAAUCUUUUGCAACCCAGCACAUUAACUCCACAGGAACCAAUAGCAUUUAGCAGCAAAACACCUUUAUCAUCUGGUUCUGGACCUUUAAGUUGGCUGACAGACCUGCCAAACACAAAUGUGAACAAGGAAAAUAAAGAUAAUAUAUUUACUUCCAUGCUUAAACCGGAUUCAAUGCCACUACCUUCCUUUGCUAGUUUUGGAAAGCCUGUUUCUGCUCUUCAGGCUUUUAGUAGUUCUAUUCUGACACCCAUGACCAGCAAUAAGUCUGGCUUUUUGAGGAAUCUUCUCAAUAACUCCAGUGUUAAGCAGGAAAACAGUCCAAAGAGCACUCCUAAAAUACUUGAUGACAUCUUUGCUUCCUUGGUACAAAGUAAACCAGUUACUGAUCAGUCUAAAAAACCACAAGGUCUCGCUAUUCAGCCAAGUCUUAUGGGGUUUAAUACACCACAUUACUGGCUGUGUGAUAACCGACUGCUCUGUCUACAAGAUCCUACCAACAAGAGCAACUGGAAUGUGUUCAGAGAAUGUUGGAAGCAAGGACAGCCUGUAAUGGUAUCUGGCGUGCAUCACAAGUUGAAUGGUGAUCUCUGGCGACCAGAAUCCUUUAGAAGAGAGUUUGGUGAUCAGGAAGUUGAUCUAGUGAACUGUAGAACUAAUGACAUCAUUGCUGCAGCAACCGUCGGGGAGUUCUGGGAUGGUUUUGAAGACCUAGAAGGUCGCCUUAAAACUGCUGAUGGACAGCCAAUGGUACUGAAACUGAAGGACUGGCCCCCAGGAGAAGACUUUAGAGACAUGAUGCCAUCUCGGUUUGAUGACCUAAUGAAUAAUAUUCCACUUCCUGAAUAUACCAGAAGGGAAGGGAAGUUGAAUCUUGCUUCUAGGCUUCCGACCUACUUUGUGAGACCAGAUCUAGGACCAAAAAUGUAUAAUGCCUAUGGGUUAAUAACACCCGAGGACAGAAAGUAUGGGACAACCAACUUACAUUUGGAUGUAUCUGAUGCAGCAAAUGUGAUGGUCUAUGUAGGAAUUCCUAAAGGCGAGACUGACCAUGAGCAAGGAGUACUUAAGACCAUACAAGAUGGAGAUGCGGAUGCGCUGACUAUCAAGCGGUUUGUUGAGUUCAAGGAGAAACCUGGAGCAUUGUGGCAUAUAUACGCGGCCAAAGACACAGAGAAAAUCCGCCAGUUCAUGAAAAAGGUGGCGGCAGAAAAGGGACAAGAGAAUCCACCUGAUCACGAUCCUAUCCAUGACCAGAGCUGGUAUUUGGACCGUUCUUUAAGGAAACGCCUAUUUCAGGAAUAUGGUGUCCAAGGCUGGGCAAUUGUGCAGUUCUUGGGUGAUGCGGUCUUUAUACCUGCUGGAGCUCCUCAUCAGGUUCACAAUCUGUAUAGUUGUAUAAAAGUCGCAGAAGAUUUUGUUUCUCCGGAGCAUGUGAAGCAUUGUUUCUGGUUGACUCAGGAAUUCCGCUAUCUUUCACAUACCCAUACGAAUCAUGAAGACAAACUGCAGGUGAAGAACGUUAUAUAUCAUGCUGUCAAAGAUUCAGUUGCUGUACUUAAGGCGAACGAGGCAAGUAUUGGCAAAGUUUAAUGCUGGAUUCUUUAUAAAGAACUUUGGACAGACUAAUUGUGGCAGCUGUACUACACAAACCUUACUUCUACCUGGCUGAAGCAUUACCUCAUUGGACUUAACAGUACCUAACCUAAAUACCCACAUGGGCUUUUAUGAAAUGUUUACAUUCGUUGGGAUCAUUUGAAGAUUGCAAGUAACUGAACUAAUGGGAUCAUAUUUUGGACCUAUUUUUCUUCCGGACUACUUCAUAUUCCACCUUUUAGGAAAAUUCUAUUCUUUGAGGAGGCGCCAUAUUGAAACCAAAACACUUUUUUUAGACUGUACAAAAAUACCUCUUGUUGUUUGGAUUUUUUCCCAAACUAUGCUGUACAUUUUGUUGUGUAAGGAAUAGUUGCUCGUUUUUGUUUUAAUUUUCCGCCUCUGGACUGUUGAGUAAAAAAGGUACCUUAAGUAUGAAUGUUAAACAAAAGAGAGAGAAAAAAAUGAUACAAUUUUUUUAAACAAUUGCAGCCAUUAAUGCGUUUAUAGAAUGCGCACAGUAAAAUGUAAAUAAGCAGGCUCUUAUCAUUUUACAUUAAGUUAGGAUUAGCACUGAUGUGCCUGGCAUUUUCUGUAAUUAAAUAAAAUUAAUUUAGACAUUUUUGUUAAAUUGUAUAACUUUAAUUUAAUUAACUUUGUAAUAUUUCUUAUUGUUUGGGUUUACCAUGGGAGGUCGGGGGAGAAAACCUGAUAGUUGACGGGUUAUUUUUUAUUUUUUUUAUUAUUCUGUACUUAAAAUAAAAAUAAUUUUGGGUUCA